AUGGUUACCUCGGUUGGGGAUUUCAAACCUCCUAGACGGUACGUUGACUUGGUUAAUGGUUGUGUGUGUCCAGAUCCAAGUUGUCGACCUACUAUUUUUAUGGUUACUCGUAUAAUCAAUGAAUGGAUUGUAGCUUUGAAAACUCCUCUGCCGCAGAAUGACGAAUUAUAG